CUGAGCACCUUGAGCCUGCAGCACCUUGACAGACUCGACCAACCUCCUUUUUUUUAAACAAUAAUAAUAAAUAAGAGAAGAAAGAGACGAUGUAUUGCUUACAGUGGCUCCUCCCCGUGCUCCUCAUCCCCAAACCGUUGAACCCGGCGCUCUGGUUCAACCACUCCAUGUUCAUGGGCUUCUACCUGCUCAGCUUCCUGUUGGAGAGGAAGCCCUGCACCAUCUGUGCCUUGGUCUUCCUCGCCGCGCUCUUCCUCAUCUGCUACAGCUGCUGGGGCAACUGCUUCCUGUACCACUGCCAGGACGCAUCGCUGCCGGACGCGGCCCACGACCCGGCCAUCGUCGGGACCUAGGAGACCACGAUGAGGAAGGGAGGGAGGAAGAGUAGAAGAAGAAGAAGGAGAGGAAGAGGAGGAGGAAGUGGGAGUAUUACUGUAGAGUGAGAACUGCCAUGCCGGAGGAAAAGAGGAUGGGUUUUUUCCCCCGAGGGAGGAGGAGCGGUGAAAAAGACUGCUGGAAGAGAAAGAGAGGAUUACUGAAAAAAGGAGGAAGAGGAGGAAAAGGAGGAAGAGGAGGAGGAGACUGUGUUGCCAUGCUGUAAAGACAGAGACUUGAAUUUAAGGUGGUAAAAAGAGGAGGAGGAGGAAGAAGAGGAGAUUUUCAUUUAGCAGAGGAGGAGGAAGAAGAGGAGGAGACUUUCAUUUAGCAGAGAGAAGGAAGAGGAGGAGGAGAAGAGGAGGAAGGGGGGUCAUGUGACGUGUGUGUGAACUCAGCAACUUUCCAGCAUUUUCAAAACAGGAUGAAAAAGUAGAUGAUAAAUAUAAAAAAUAAAAAAAAUAAAAAAAAACCCAUAAAAAAAUAAUUAAAUGAAGAACACGAGACGUCAUUUUAAAAAGUGACUCAAUGAGUAUUUUUCGUCUACUUACUUCCGACUUAACGACAUUUCGACUCCGUUAAAAUCUGCGUGGAAAAACUUCCGAAAACUUGACCUUGAACUUCACCUCCUCUGGGGGG